GGAAAAGAAGGGCAGGGAGGGAGAGAAGCCCAGAAAGGGAAUGCGAGGUGAGGAGGAGCCCUCUCCUCCGCCUGACAGCUUGUGUGCUUGAAUCCUGCCUGGGAAACAUAUCGGCCUCGAUGCUUUGGCUCUCUGGAGACAAAGGCGCUCCACUCCGCCCGGGCGGAUCGGGGGACUUGCAAAGGGACCCAGAAGCAGCAAGCGCAGGGCGGCAGCCAGCCAGCCAGCAGCAGCAGCAGCAGCAGCCGCUUAGACUGGAGCGAGGUGCGUCCCGGCGUGGCUGCGCCUGAGAAAAGGCAGCACAGCGGAUAGAUGGAGAGGGGCAGAGAGAGCCCUUAGGGAAUCCCCUUGCGCUGCGCCCGGCUUGGGGUGAGAAAGUAGCAGGAGGGCGAAAGAGGGGAGCCAUAACCGGACGUUCCCUGGAGUCUUGGUUUGCACCACGAAAAACUGCUCAGCUGCCUGCCGCAGACCUCCAUGGGCAGCCUCUCCCGUUAAAGAAAGACUUUUUUUUUCUUGUGGGGAGGAAACCCCACUUUUGGAAAAGGAGUUGAAGUACGGUCAGCCCCACAAUGAACUGGACACCAGCUGUGAGUUUAAUGGUGCUGUGGGCCGUAUGGCUAGUGUGUGGUUCUCAAAAGCCCUUGAGGCCAGCAGAGAGAAGGAGCCAUGGAGUCAGGAAAGUGCCUCUGACCUACAGGGAGAACAGCAGACCAGCUUUGCAGCUCAAGAGGACAAAGGUGUCUCAUAGACUUUUGAAUUUUCAGCAACGUCCCCUUGCCCAAAGAGACUCUUUGGAGUCCAAAGUCCCACAAGCAGUUCCCCCAGAAGAUGAUGCUCCUGCCCAGGUGAAGAAUAGUGGAGCUAGAGUAAGGCAGGUGCAGAGACCUCAGCCGGAAAUGAUUAAGGAUGAAGGAACGUCAACGGUGCAUCAUUCCCGCAUGGUACGUUUCCCGUCUGGGUCCAGUUCUCCCAAUAUUCUGGCCAGCUUUGCUGGAAAGAACAGAGUCUGGAUCAUCUCCGCUCCUCAUGCCUCAGAUGGCUAUUACCGCCUCAUGAUGAGUCUCUUGAAAAAUGAUGUCUACUGUGAACUGGCUGAGAGGCACGUCCAGCAGAUUAUCUUGUUUCAUGAAGAAGGCGAAGAGGGGGGGAAAGUCAGGAAGAUAACCACUGAAGGGAAAAUUCUGGAGCAGCCACUGGAUCCAAGCCUGGUUCCUAAGCUCAUGAACUUUCUGAAGUUGGAGAAGGGAAAAUUUGGCAUGGCACUGCUGAAGAAAACGUUACAAGUAGAGGAAAGGUACCCCUACCCAGUAAGACUAGAGGCCAUAUAUGAAAUCAUUGACCAGAGUCCUAUCAGGAGAAUUGAGAAGAUGAGGCAAAAGGGCUUUAUCCAGAAAUGCAAAGCAGCUGGAGUGGAAGGGCAAGUGGUGGAAGAAGGUAACAAUGGUGGUAGCAGUGCAAGAACAACACCAAGUAGUAGGCUUGCCCAGUCUUCAGCAAGGAAAGAAGAUCCAAGGAAAAGCAGUCUUCAGCCAACAAAACUGAAACCUGUGAAGAAAGUUUUAACAACCACAGUGCCUCCUCCCCCUCCUCCUCCUCCCACUAGAACUACCACCCCUGCUCCCACAACUAUAACCUCAAAACCAGUCAGCAGAAUAGCGACAACAGCGAGCAGGCUUACAACCUUCACCACCACAGCUCUUCCUACUACACAGCGAACCUGGACCACAAAACCACACACAUUGCUUCCCACCACACCUGGGGCAACCUCCCCCCGGGUAACAGAUACAGAAGAUUUCCGCUCCCCUUUAUGGAAAGAGAACCGCAGAGAAAGACAUCAUGGUCAUACAAACAAACAGACGACAACUACUAGGAGACCUAGCAAAGCCACUCUUUAUGACACCUACACAGAGGCUCCAACGAACCCCUCUGACACAAGGUCCAGUGCCGGCAGAUACAGAGACAAUCGUACAGACAGGAAGGACUAUAACAGUAGGGACCUCAGUGUCACGGGUGGCCAACACAAGUUUACUAAAAGCAAGCCGCCUAAAAAGAAAGCCCAAGACAAAAUUCUGAGCAAUGAAUAUGAAGAUAAAUUUGACCCAGGGCUGCCUCCGGUUCCCCGUUUAGAGGAAGAAGUUCCAGUGGAAAAUACACCCCCAAAGAAAGCAAAAGAUCUGAAAAAACAAGAGCGCUUAGAGAAAUCUGAAAAAAAGAAGAAAGAAAGAGCUGACAAGAAAAGUGAGAAACAGGCCAAGAAGGACAAAGCCGAUAAGAAGAAUAAACAAGAGAAAGAGCGCAACAAGAAGAAUAAGAAGGGCAGCAAAUCUGAGAAUGGAGGGAUCCUGAAACCCAAUGCCAAGACCUUCAAGAAAACCUCCAGGAAAACUGUAAUAAAUCUUUUGGACUUCUUCGAAGGCAAAAGACGACUCCUGCUGAUCACAACACCCAAGGCUGACAACAACAUGUACGUUCAACAAAGGGAUGAAUACCUGGAGAGUUUUUGCAAAAUGGCAACCAGAAAAAUCUCAGUCAUCACCAUCUUUGGCACCAUGAACAACAGCCGCAUGAAGAUUGACCACUUCCAGCUAGACAAUGAGAAGCCUAUGAAGGUGAUAGAGGAUGAAGACCUCGUGGACCAGCAUCUUAUCAAUGAGCUGAGAAGAGAAUAUGGAAUGACAUACAAUGACUUCUUCAUGGUUCUGACUGACACAGACAUGAGGGCUAAGCAAUACUAUGAAGUGCCCAUAGGAAUGAAGUCAGUGUUUGAUUUGAUUGACACUUUCCAAUCACGUAUCAAAGAUAUGGAAAAGCAGAAACGUGACGGCAUCGUCUGCAAAGAAGACAAGAAACAAUCUCUGGAGAACUUUUUGUCCAGAUUCCGAUGGAGGAGGAGGCUUCUGGUGAUAUCUACUCCCAGUGAUGAAGACUGGGCUUAUUCACAGCAACUUUCUGCCCUUGUGGGACAAGCUUGCAAUUUUGGUCUGCGUCACAUCACUAUCCUCAAGCUGUUAGGCCUCGGAGAUGAUGUUGGUGGAAUGCUGGAACUGUAUCCCAUUAAUGGGAGCUCUAGUGUGAGUAGAGAAGAUCUCCCUGCUCAUUUGGUGAAAGACAUCCGCAAUUAUUUCCAGAUCAGCCCUGAAUAUUUCUCCAUGCUUUUGGUUGGAAAAGACGGAAAUGUCAAAUCCUGGUACCCUUCCCCAAUGUGGUCCAUGGUGAUUGUUUAUGAUCUGAUUGACUCUAUGCAGCUUCGACGACAGGAGAUGGCCAUUCAGCAGUCACUUGGGAUGCGAUGCCCAGAAGAUGAAUAUGCGGGGUAUGGAUACCACGGUUAUCACCAAGGGUACCAAGAAGGUUACCAAGAUGACUAUCAUCACCAUGAAGGUUAUCAUCAUGGGUACCCCUACUGAAAACAAGUUUAACCUUUGACCACAUCCUGCUUGCAUCAUAAUAACUGUUCAAAUCACAAGGGACCAUAUAUGCAGAUCCUUUCACAGCAGCCUAAAUGACUUUCUUCUUGAUCAUCAAAGACUACAUGAGUAUUGGACUUUGGCCUUCUCUAUAACAUUAUGGCCAUGAAGUGAAUAAGUCAAAACCAGGAUGCCUAUGGACUCCUCUAUAUUUUGAAGCCCUUGUAAUUUGAGGGUAUGACUUGGUGCUAUGUAUGUUUAUAUCACCCCGGCCCACUUUAGCCGUGGACAUUGUACUGUAGGCAGGGUACAAACUGUACAGUAAACGUGCACCACUUUUUCUCUUCCAAGGGAGAAAAAUAUUUAUUGGAAAGUAUGAAUUUUUUGCUGAAAAGGAACAGCAGAGUAUGUUACAAUUUUGCUUUAUUUUUGAUGAACUAUUAUGGAACAGAUCCUAUGGAUGCUACAGGAUUUGUCUGAAAGGACUUUUAUAAUAAACCAGCUUCAUAGUCUGCUGGAUUAACCUAUCAGUUUGCAGUAUAAAAAGGUGAAACUGCUAAAAGCUUGGAAAAAUAUUGGACAAGAUUCUUAGUGCAAGCAUUGCAUUAUGUUGCUGUGGGCUCUUCCUUUGCAGAUUUUUUUCCCACUCUUUAUUGGGAGGAGAGCAUUCAGCUCAGGGAAGGUCCUGUCUCUGGGACUAAAUAGCUGCGGCUAAUAGGAAUUUCCUAGAUCACCAAACAUCUUUCUGUCCUACUUAGUGAAUAUCUUAAGAGAGACAUUAAGGGAGAUGAGAAAUACAUUUUAAAAUGUUUUAAAAACAAAUAUAGAUUAGUGAGAACAGAAGGGCUCAUCCAUACCCCAGCUACAUUAUCCGAUCCACUAAAGUGCCUUGGAGCAGAAUCCCUAAAAAUCACCUUCUACAAAAUUUCUCCUUACACUCAUCAUGCCAAGGAGGGAGUUUUGUCCAGUUUUACCAUUUGUCUUUUGCAACAGUUCAGCCCUGCAUCAUGCAUAGCUUUGCCCUUUUUUAACCUGGUUUUUUGUCCACUAAGGGAAGAAGUUGAACUUGAGCCCUCCAAUUCAGGAAAAUACCCAUCCAGUAGUCCACAGCUCUCUUCUUGAUCUUCACUCAUCACACCCCUGGAAAGCGAGACCCAUUAGAACAAUACUUUCGUUAAGGGUUUAGAGCAUGGUUUAUCUAGCCAUCUUCUUAAUUCUAGAAGAAAUGGCCCGUUCUACCAGAUCUUCCACUGCCUUGGAAAUCAGAGAAAAAUGUGCCUCUGGUGGAAGUCCAUGAUAUAGUCUCAUGUAGAGCUGCCAACUCCAGCUUGGGGAAUUCCUACAGAUUUGGAAGUGGUUCUUGGGGAAGGCAGCAUUUAGGGAGGAGAGGCAGCUCAGUAAAGAUAUAGAGCUUGCCUUCCAGAGCUACCAUUUCCUUUAGGGAAACUAAUUUUGUAACCUUAAGCUCAGUUGUAAUUCUGUGAGAACUCAAGGGCCCACCUGGACUGACAAACAACCUUUUGGCACAGGGGACAGCUUGUAAUUUAAAUUAAUUGGCUGCUGUGGCCUUAUGGUAACAAAUUUAUUGAUUUUAGACGGUCAACAUUUAUACUUGUAGAGUUUUAACUGGGCUUUUUAAAAUUCUGUUUUGUAAGCCACCUUGGGUUUGUUUGAGCGAAGAAUGUUAUAGAAGUAUUUUAAUAAAUAAAAUUGAUAAUUCAUGAA